AUGGGCCACCAGCAGCUUUACUGGAGCCACCCCAGAAAGUUCGGCCAGGGCUCCCGCUCCUGCCGCGUAUGCUCCAACCGCCACGGCCUCAUCCGCAAGUACGGUCUGAACAUGUGCCGGCAGUGCUUCCGCCAGUAUGCCAAGGAUAUCGGCUUUAUUAAGCUGGACUGA